AUGCACAUCGACCUCACCAAACUGUGGAUUGGAUACCCGGAAAUCCAUCGUCACAUGACUCUUCAUCUAAAGCUCUUUUUCAUAUUUCAGAUUGCAUACUGGUUGCAUCAGUUCCCAGAAUUCUAUUUUCAAAAGACACGCAAAGAUGAAAUGCAGCCGCGAACACUGUAUUCGCUUAUCUUUCUUUUCUUUACUGUUGUUGCAUAUGCUUUAAACUUCAACAGACUGGCUUUGGCCCUUCUGUUCCUGGAAUAUGUGUCGCAGAGUGUUUUUCAUCUCAUACGCCUUUUUCAUUUCGCUGAGAAAUGGAGCAUCGCAAAAACAGGAAUUCGAGCUGAGCAUAGCGAAUGUAUUAAGCCUUCCGUCUAUCAUCCAGAAGUAGAGCGGAAAAUUCAGCUUUUGUGCACCAGAAUUCCCGCAUUUUUUUGUGGUGAUUUGUGCAAAUUUAGAUUUAAAGCAUGGAACGUUGUUUUUGUACUGGUGCGUUUAGCAAGCGCGGUGUUGGCUGUGCUCACUUUGUGGUACGGUCUUCGAUCUAACGAAACACCUUACAUGGAUCCAGUCAAUGGAAAUUUCAAUACCGCUUUCAUCCGGUUAAAGAUUUUAUUGUGUAGCUCAUCUACAGAGUUGAACAGCCUGUUGUGCGUUUUGGCACUGCAGCUGUAUAUGUUAUGGAAUUUCGUACUGUUUCACGUGCGUCGCUACAGGGAGAAACAUAGCAAAGUUAAGGUGGAUAAACAGUUCAAAAUUCAGCAAAAGAGAAGGAAACAUGCGAGCGACGACGUGAGUUGUUCUUUACGGUUCAGGCUUGAAGAGAGUAGCGAUGCACCCUAUUUUCGUUUUGGCCCAAAUUUUAAAUUAAACAAAUAA